AUGGACGCCGUCCGCUCUGCUCUCCAACCCAUCACCCACAACCUCCCGGCCCCGAUCCGCGAUCUCGGUGUCUCCAUCAUCGGCGAGCACUGCUACAAGUCCCUCCUGCUGGACAUUAACGUCGAGGAUGUAGACUGCAUCAAGCUUGGCCUGUCCAAGGGCAUCGGCCUCGGCAUCAUCGGCGUCUCGAGCAUCGUCAAGCUGCCGCAGAUCCGCAAGCUCACCUCGUCGCAGUCGGGCGAGGGCAUAUCCGUUCUGUCGUACCUCCUCGAGACGGCCUCGUACCUCGUGUCGCUGGCCUACAACUACCGCAACCAGUUCCCCUUUAGCACCUACGGCGAGACGGCGCUCAUUAUGGGCCAGAACGUCAUCAUUACUGUCCUGGUGCUCAACUACACGGGACGCGCGAGCUUGGCGGCCGUGUUUGUGACGGCGGUGGCAGUGGCCUUGGGUACGCUCUUUGCGGGAAGUUUUGUCGAUAUGCAGACCUUGGGAUACUUGCAGGCCGGCGCGGGUGUCUUGAGCGUCGCGAGCAAGGUUCCCCAGAUCUUGGCGAUUUGGUCCGAGGGCGGCACCGGGCAGCUCAGUGCCUUUGCUGUAAGUCGCUACCCUUCCCCCACCCACAUUCAAGCCUUGAAACGUCCAGGCACUGACAGUUAUACCAAGGUCUUCAACUACCUCGCCGGCUCCCUGUCCCGCAUCUUCACCACCCUCCAGGAGGUCGACGACAAGCUCAUCCUGUACAACUUCAUUGCCGGGUUCCUACUCAACGCCGUCCUCGCUUCCCAAAUGGCGUACUACUGGAACGCGCCCUCCAAGAAGGCCAAGGGGAAGCAGAAAGUCCCAAUUUCUGCUACUCCUUCCACCGGCUCCUCCUCGGCCACUUCUACACCCACGGCCAAGAAGGGUCCCAGCACGCGCCGCCGCGGUUGA